CCCACCUACAGCUUUGGAGGACGGACGUUUUUUCAAGUUUGUGAGUUAUUGGUUAGCAAGUACUGUAUUUGCAUUAUGCCAGGAAAAAGAAGCAAACCCCAGCAAUCCAAAACAAACCAGGCGAAACGACCUCGACGUGGCCAAAACAAAAGAGGAGAACGAGAACUUUCUACUGAUGCUGUGACAGGGGAUGUCAGCACUUCACCAACCACUAUUCCUCCUGAAACUUUGGCAGCAUUGACCCAAGCCAUAACAAAGUCGGUUACAGAGAAAGUGUUAGCAGAGAUAAAACCAUUGCUACAACAGCAGGGGAGUAUCUCUGUUCAUAAUGAAGGGUCAGAUUGUCAAAUGAUAAGUAGGUCAGGGAGUGCAAACAUUUCUGGUUUGGUAUCAAGUGCUGUGGUUGAACACAGUUCACAGAUUGUUGGUACUGAAUGCCCAUCUUUAGCAAAUGCAGGUAAGAAGGCAGGAUUUGUAAGCUUUUCUGUACCAAUAGAGGCAAAGGUUUCAGACAAAAUCAAAUCAAAAAUUUGGUCAAAACAGUAUGUUGAUAUGGCUCUGUUGUUAAAAAAGGAAAAGGGAAAAAGUAAAUAUUCUAUCAAAGUUGAAGAACAAGAUCAGUCAGGUAAGGUGGUGAUUCACAAUAUGAGGUCCGAAAAUGAUGACGAUGUAAGGGAUGGCUCCUUAUCCCUGAAUGACUGGGUAACGGCAUGGAAUAGGUAUGCAACAAUAUAUUGCAUUAAGUAUACAUCUGCACAACCAAAACUUGCAAAACAUAUGGAAUCUGUUAAGCAGAUUGCAGAAGACAAGGGGGAUUGGAGAAAAUAUGAUAAGGAGUUCAGGGAACUCAUAGAACAAGGUGAGGUAGAAUGGGGUGACGUCCAUAUGGAGAUAUAUGUUAAUGCUCGCCCCAAGCAAUCUGAGAAAAGGUUGAGCAAAAUUGCAACAGAGCGUUCAACAUUGGGUAAGUAUGAGGAAAUUCCUCAUGGAGCAUGCUUUGCCUUUCACAAAGCUGGGAGAUAUUGUACCCUAGGUGCUUCUUGCAAAUUUCAGCACAGAUGUUUUAAUUGUGGUGGCAUCCAUCCAAUUUAUUCAUGUAAAAAUCUGCUUCAACGGCCAUUUCGUUUCUUGGACAGAGCUAGAACCCAAAAAUCAUUUCAAAGUAAUGGAAAACAAACUUACACAGGUAAUUAUAAAUCCACAAAGGCAACCUAUUCCACAAAAGGGUCCAACGCCAAUAAAUCCCAGUAGGUUAGAGUAUUGGUUAGUGGGGUAUGACAACAUAGAAACUGAAUUUUUAGUUAAUGGUUUUAGAUAUGGUUUUAGUAUUGGUUAUACAGGGGAAAUUGAAAAUAUCGUUUCUAAAAACUUGAAAUCAGCAAAUGACUUACCAGAUGUUAUCAGCAAGAAGUUAGAGAAAGAGAUAUGUUUGGGUAGAAUUAUGGGUCCUUUCACAGAAAAGCCAUUGCCAGUUUUACAUUGUUCCCCCUUAGGUCUAGUUAACAAGAAAACAGAGGGUGAGUACCGUAUGAUUCAUCAUCUGUCAUAUCCAGAAGGUAAAUCGGUCAAUGAUGGCAUC